GUGCGAGGCUACGAGAACGAAUGGAGCGCUCGGGAGAUUUGGGACAAAAGUCCCGCUUCAGAUUAGCAGAUACAGAUUUCACCGAAUCAUUUUUACGCCCUUGCUUACUUAUUUUCGUGAUGCAAAUCUGAAUGAUUAGCAAAACACAGACUCUUCUGUGUAGUAAGGCAUCAAACGCCAAUUCCAGCCCACGAAAGGAGUGCCCACUGGGUACUGGGAGGUCAACCGGCAUAGGGAAAUCCAGUUGGUAGAAGCGCGAUUCUACCAUGACAUCCAUGACAUACUGGAUCUAUAUUUUGACAUUUUGGUUUAAUGAGGUUACUCUUUCUUUCUAUCACUCCUACUUGAUCCUACGCGGGUUCUUUCAACAUUUCUGCGUAACGCGAAUUUUGCGAAACAUUGUUUGUGCGGGCAGCGGCGCGGCAGCCAUGACGACGAGCAAAGCAGGUCAGGAGGAGGUGAGCCCGGCGCGGGGCCGCGUCCGCAUCGGGCACAGUGGUGUAGUGCCCUCCGCUCUCCAUCUCGCAGCGGGCGGUGGAGGGUCGGGAGCAGGUUGAGGGCGCGGGGCGCGGGUCGAACGCAGCCCGACCGCUCCGCUUGAAGGGGUCAGUCAGGCGCGGCGCGGGCCGUGCAAGACACCAUGCCCGUCCUCUGCGGCGAGAAGCUGGUCCGGAACCAGGGGCCCUUCCCUUACAUCCAGUCCGAGGGGCGGUGGAAGCCUCUGCGCGACACGCGCACGCCGCACGUGCCGCCGCCCGCUCCGGAGGGUCCGUGCCCGCCUCCACCCGAUGUCGACCAGGUGCAGGCCCUGCUCCGCCACCAGGAGUACAUGCGGCUGCAGGGGUCGCAGGCACGGCGGGCUGAGAGAGAGGGAGGGGGUGGAAACUGCGAGCACGGCGACCCGCUGCCCGUCGGCCAGCACAUCGUGGACCCGCUGGCCUCCCCGCGCUGGGCAGAGUGCCUCAACCCCUGGGAGCGCCUCAACAUGCACCACACCCUGGCCAGCGUGCGCCGCCACGCGCAGCUCGAACGCUCCUACGAGCCCCGGGACCAGCUGGACUUUGCUCUGACGGCGGCCUACCAGCACGACGCGGGGCUGUGGGCGGGCUGCCCGGACGUGUGUGUCCAGCCGGAGACCCUGGGCCAGCCGACCUGGCGCGUGCUCCGCAACCUGAGGGUGCUGCCACAGGACCCCGUCGACCAGCGGCAGCACCCACUGCGCCAGAGCGGCGUGGACUCCCGGGUGUCCGUCCACAGCGUGAAGCUAGCCAUCAGCGGCAACCACAUGUCACAGACCAAUGCCGGGUUCUCGAGGAAAGUGGACGGGACCUUCUAUAGCUAAAACUAUUUCCUUUCUCUGCGAUGGAAUUUUUACUUAACAAUAAAGUUUUGGCAUUCAUUUAAAAA